AUGACUAGAAAAUAUCGUAAUCCAAAAGAACACUCGCUUAUGUUAUUAAAUGAACACAUUAAAUUUCUUAAUAGAUUCAAAAGAAAACUCCCUAAUCAAUAUCACUCGUUAAUUAAUAAAGAAAAAGAAAAGACCGAAGGACAAAUCGUUUUCGUUAAUAGAGAAUUUACCGCGGACUAUGCAAAGACUAUUAAAGAACUUGAAAACGAACUAGAAGUUUUUAAGAAACAAAUUAGAAGUCUCGAAGCCACAAUUAGAAAACUCGAAAAAAAAACUGAAAGAAAAGAUGAAAGAAUCGACCAAUUAAAAAACGAAAACGAAUAUUUACAUGAUAAAAUAAACGACAGAGAUAAUAUUAUCCGUAUUAAAGAUGCAACUAUCAUGGAAAAAGAUGAUCAAAUUAAUGUUUUACAAGUCGAUUACGAUAAAAGUAUAGACAAUAGUUUAGAUUUAAGCUUUAAGCUAGAAGAAGAACGUGCACACAGAGAUAAAACUAUCGAAGAAAACAACAAAUACUAUUUCGAAGAAGUCAGGAAAAAUAAUGAAUAUGAAAAAAAGAUCCGUGACUUGGUAUUAAGAAAUAGGAACUGUGCUCAAUUUCAAAUCAAGCAAGCGAACGAAUUUACUAUAAAAGAACUGAGGCUAAGCAGCGAAAUAGAACAACUGAGACGAGAAAACGAAACAUAUAAAUCACAACGAUGA